AUGGUGUGGAGAGCGCUCUUCCUCUUCUCGCUCGCGUUCUUGACAUCGAGCUUCAUAUCAUCCAUCAACGAGCAAUCGCCGCCGCGCCGCUACUUCGGCACCGCCACCGAUCAAGGCCUCCGCCGCUACCAGGAGGACAGGAUCUUGGCCGUGGCCAAUCACACCCAGUUUGGAGUCUUCGGCGUGUUUGACGGCCACGGCGGCGCGCAAGCCAGCGAUCUCGCCGCCUCGCUCUUCUAUCCCAGGUUCGUCCGCCACCUUUCCUCCCAGGGUGGCGAUCUCCGCCGCCAUGCAUUCGAGAAAUCCCUGCGAUCCACACUGGGCGACGUCGAGGACGCGGUUCUCGGUAACCAGAUCACGGCCGGAUCCACCGCGUGUGUUGCCGUUGUCACGUCCGAGUUCGUGCUGGUGGCCAACGUCGGCGACUCUCGAGCUCUCGUCUGCGCUGCCGGAUCGCCCGCGAGCUCUCCACGCUUGAAAGCCGUGCAGCUUAGCCGAGACCACCACCCCGAGGUGCCCGAGGAGCGAGCACGGAUCGAAGCGGCGGGUGGCCGGGUUGUUUUCACGGGGGCGGUUUACCGAGUGGACGGAGCUCUGGCCGUGUCUCGGGCCAUCGGUGACGCGGAGUUUAAGUCGCAUGGCGUGAUCGCGACGCCGGAGUUCACGGAGUAUAGCAUCGCCGAGGCCGGGGCUGGAUCCUACUUGCUGCUCACCUCGGACGGAGUGUUUGAGACCAUGUCCAACGAGGAGGUGUGUAGGACGAUGGGUAGCGGAUCGACUUCCUUGGACGAAAUGGCAUCGAGGAUAGUUCGAAGAGCCUUGAACAGGGGGAGCUCGGACAACGUUUCUGUGAUUGUAGUUCCAUUGUAAGUUUGGAAGAAGCACAGCUUAGUAGCUCAUUCAUUAGCAAGCAGGGAUAGUCGAUCCCGAAAUUCUUGAGAACCUGUUACACAGAUCUCUAAAUUGAUGCGAACACGAUUCAUAUAAAGAGCGUGGUUCGAUCUUAUCCUCAGGCAAGAAAGGCAAAAUCCUCACCACUUCGUCCACCUCCACAUACCAAAGCAAAGAUCCUCGGCUGAAAAGACGCGCAUUCAGGACAGCGCUCAUGAUCGAUCGCUCUCUCUCGAUUCCAUUGCCAAAAGCCCUAA